UAUUUCUGUAGCGUCACGUAAAGAGACACUCCCUGGUUUUACCAUAAAAAGUGCAAAGUUUAAAAUCAGCUUACAGCGCUGUCUGCACUACAUAGCCGGUCUAUUAAAAUCUCAGAGAGAAAAAAAGAUGGAGAAUUCUCAACUUUGCAAGCUCUUUAUCGGUGGGUUGAACGUGCAGACGACAGACGAGGGACUGCGACAGCAUUUCGAGCAGUACGGGGAGCUGACCGACUGCGUUGUUGUGCAUUACCCGCAGACCAAUCGAUCCAGAUGCUUCGGGUUUGUGACCUACUCGACUGCGGAGGAGGCUGAUGCGGCAAUGGCGGGCAGGCCUCACACUGUAGACGGCAACAACGUGGAGCUGAAGAGAGCCGUGGCCCGGGAGGACGCCGGCAAACCCGAGGCCCUCGCCAAGGUGAAGAAAAUCUUCAUCGGCGGCCUGAAAGAGGGCGUGGAGGACGAACACCUGGUAAACUACUUCUCCCAGUUCGGUACACUGGAGAAGGCCGAAGUGAUCACCGACAAGCAGACGGGCAAGAAGCGCGGCUUCGGCUUUGUGUACUUUGAAGACAACGACUCUGCCGACAAGGCCGUGGUGCUCAAGUACCACACCAUCAACGGGCACAAAGUGGAGGUGAAGAAGGCCCUCUCCAAGCAGGAGAUGCAGGCCAGCGGCGGCAGGAGAGGCCGAGGCAGAGGAGGGCGCGGAGGCGGAGGGGGUCAGAAUGACUACGGAGGCAGAUACAACAGUUAUGGUGCUGGCUACGGGGGCAGUGAUGGCCGCUAUGGCGGUGGUUACGGGGACAAUGCUGACUCUUACGGUGGAGGCUACGGGAUCGGCGGAGGCUACGAGGGCAGUGGAGGCUACGGCGAACAUACGGAUGACUAUGGCUACGGAAACGGCUACAGUGACUUUGGCAGCAGCUACGGCCAGCAGACCUCCGGCUACGGGGCGAUGAAAGGGGGUAACUACUCUGGCAGAAGCAGCGCCCCUUACUCCAGAGGUAGUGGGGACUAUGGGGGCUCCUACUAAACCAGCCCUCGUGUGUGAGUGUGAGCUACCUCCACCUCUGUACGAUAAAGACAAUGGGGAGGGGGGAAACAAGGACUGGAUUUUGUUAAACAUUUUUAUAGAAUUGUUGAUUUUGUUUUUCCUUUUUUUUAUUUUACUAUAGAUAAUCUGUACAGAAUUUAUAUGAGGCCGAAUGCAUACAAAAAUGCAGUCAUGUUGUGUGUUUUUUUUUUUUUUCAUGCCUUGCAUAAACUGUAAAUGGAUUGUUUCUGGUUUAUUUGUGUAUUUUGAUUUUGUUUUAUUUUUUAACUUCAGUCAAUUCACAACAAUAAAUUGAAGAGUUGUUGUUUGUGUUUUUAAAA